GCGAUCGGGGUGGACGACCAGCUGCAGGCUCCGGAACCGCCGCUGCAGCUGCUGCGCGUCGACGCGAAAGGAGCGGUCACUGCAGCCAACAUGUCUCGAGAGACUGCAAGUGAAGCACAGCAAUCUCAGGGUGCCCAGCAGUCACAGGUUGCCACCAGUUCCUCUUCCAGUGGGUCACAGAGUACCAGUCAGUCUUCUUCAAGUUCUGGAACCCUCAGUUCUUUGGACACUGUUCUCACUCAGGAGCUCCCGCCAAUCCCUGAGGACCAGGAGUCCGAAGAGUUUGUUCCUCACCCUUGGGGUCGACUCUUUGCACUUGGAAAAGGUUUCAGCAAUUGCGACUGUGUGAAUGAUGAAUACUGGUUUGGACGAGACAAAAGUUGUGAUUACAGCUUUUCUAAGCUAGGGUUGUCUGAGACUGGUUUCUACCAAAACUACAGCAAGAAGCAUUUCCGGAUUUUCAGGGAAAUGGGCCCCAAAAAUGCCUAUGUUGCCUACAUUGAAGACCACAGUGCCAAUGGAACUUUUGUUAAUAGAGAGCUCGUUGGAAAAGGGAAGAGGCUUCCACUGACUCACAACUCUGAAAUUGCACUGUCUGUAGCGACUAAUAAGGUGUUUGUGUUUUCUGAUCCUAUGGUGGAUGAUCAGUUGGUGUUUCCUAGAGAGUUGAGAGAGAAAUAUAUCAUGUCAAAGACUUUGGGAAGUGGUGCCUGUGGAGAGGUCAAGCUGGCCUUCGAGAAGAGCACCUGUAACAAAGUUGCAGUGAAGAUAAUCAAUAAACGGAAGUUUAUGGCAAGUGGCAUUAGAGAGGUGACCCCAGCUUUCAAUAUCAAUACAGAAAUUGAAAUUCUGAAGAAAAUAGAUCACCCUUGUUUAAUCAAGAUCAAAAACUUCUUCGAAGCAGAGGAUUACUACAUUGUUUUGGAACUAAUGGAAGGAGGAGAACUGUAUGACAGAGUGUCAAGGCCAGUCAAGAUGAAAGAAGCUAUCUGCAAGUUGUAUUUUUAUCAGAUGCUGCUAGCAGUAAAGGUACAUAAUGAUGAACUCUACACAGAAAAUAGGGUUCAGCACAUGAAGGUCACCCAGUAUCUCCAUGACAAUGGAAUUAUACACCGAGAUCUAAAGCCAGAGAAUGUGCUGCUAUCAUCUUCUGAAGAGACAUGUCUUAUAAAGAUUACAGACUUUGGACAAUCCAAGAUUCUUGGGGAAACUUCUCUUAUGAAAACAUUAUGUGGUACCCCCACGUAUCUUGCUCCUGAGGUUCUAAAUUCACUUGGGACUGCUGGAUACAGCCAAGCGGUGGACUGCUGGAGUUUAGGAGUUAUUCUUUUUGUAUGCUUGUGUGGAUAUCCACCAUUCAAUGAGCAAAACACUCAGCUGUCUCUGAGAGACCAGAUCACUCGUGGAGAGUACACCUUCAUUGCAAAGGAGUGGAAGCAUGUCUCAGAUGCGGCUCUGGACCUUGUGAAGAAGCUCUUAGUGGUGGAUCCAAGCAAGCGUCUGACAACAGAAGGAGCUUUAGAGCAUCCUUGGCUUCAGGAUGAAGAUAUGAAGAGUACAUUUCAACAGCUCCUUGCUCAGGCAUGUGCCAGUAUGAACCCCCCCCAGACAUGGAAAAUGCCAACCACAAGAAAGCGUCCCCAUGAAAAUGAGGAAGAAGCUGGCUCUGCUAAGCGUGCUGUUCCUUCUACAUCAUUGCAGAAAAUGAAGUGAAUGUUUGUUAAUUAGAGCUUUUCUUUAUGGAAGGCUGAACUUCUAUUUAAAAAAAAUCUUAAUAAUGGAAUUACUGUUGAAGAUGCAAUUGCUAAAUAAAUUUGUAAGAACUUAA